CGAAUGUAUACCAUGUGCAUUUAAAUCGUACGUUCCAAAUCUCGAUAAUCUGACAGAAUUAUGUUCAGUGUAGUAAGUGAUAAAAUACCUCAGAUUGUUUUCGCGUUAUUAGCGUCUCUGGGAGCGUUCGUCAUCGGCACAGUGCUCGGAUGGUCCUCGCCAACACUGACAAUGUUUGAGAAUGGGACCGCUGUUAGCUUCGAAGUGUCGGCCAUGGCCGCGGCGACCGCGUGCUCGCUGUUCGGCGUGGGCGCCGUGAUCGGUGCCGUUCCGGCUGGUGCCGUGUCGUCAGUAUUCGGCCGGCGCGUGUCGCUCAUCGUCAGCGAGGCCCACGUGGUCUUCGGGUGGCUGAUGAUCGCGUUUCCGAAGGCCGCACGGAUGCUGUACGUGGGCCGGAUAUUGCAGGGCGUAGGGUGCGGUGCCAUGUGCACCAUAAUACCCAUGUACAUCGGCGAGAUAGCCGAACCCGAAAUCAGAGGAUUUCUCGGUGGAUUAUACCAGUUGUUCGUCGUGUCCGGCAUCCUGUACUCGUACGUGCUCGGCAACUUUUUAAAUUACACGCAACUCAACUUGGCGUGUGGCUUGUGGAUGGCGGUCCACAUACUGGGAGUGCUGUACAUACCGGAAUCGCCGUAUUUUCUGAUUCAAGAAAACAGAAGAGUCGACGCCGAAGAGGCUAUAGCCCGGAUUCGGGACCCCAGUCACAACUGCAAGACCGAGCUCGAUGAGAUACAGAAAUUCGUCGAAGAAGAGCAAAAGAACAGUUACACUGCGCGUGAAGUGCUCGAGAGGGACGUGAACCGAAGGGCUCUGACGAUCGGCAUCGGUUGCAUGUUCUUCCAGCAGAUGACCGGCAUUAAUGCCAUCAUAUUCUAUAUGAAACACGUGUUCGAGAUUUCGGGAAGCGACAUCAGUCCCGAAGUGUGCACUACCGUCGUCGGCACGAUACAGGUGGCCAUGACAUUCGUCUCUAUGAUGAUAACGGACAAGUUUGGCAGACGUUCUUUAAUGGUGUACACGAUGACUUUGAUGGGCAUCUGUUUACUGGCGCUGUCAUACUAUUUUUUUUCAAAAAAAUACAACCCCCACGUUGCCGAAACACUGGACUGGUUACCACUCGUGGCCAUAGUGGUGUAUAUAUCUAUGUUUUCGAUCGGUUGCGGUCCCAUACCGUACAUAAUCAUCGGGGAAAUAUUCUCAUCAGAACUCAAGUCGAUGGGCACGGGAAUGUCAAUAGCCACCAAUUGGAUAUUGGUGUGGCUUGUAACAUGUCUGGCUGAACCUAUGGACAAAUUCAUCGGGCCUAGUGGUACGUUUUUCGUGUACUCCGGGUUCUGCUUUAUGGGCAUGUUGUUCGUCGUAAAUUGUGUACCAGAAACCAAAAAUCGAUCUCUAGCUGUGAUUCAAUCGGACCUCGAAAAGAAAUAACAAAUCGUAUUCCAUUUCACCGGUGUAAAACUGUUUAGGCUGCUUUACAUGUAAUUGUUAUCAAAAUUAAAUGMGGUCUGGAGAUAAGUAUAAUUAUUACAUGAUACAUGUACGAUUAUAUUAAUAC